CGGCUGCAGAGCCCGGCGGCCCGGGUCGGCCUCUCGGCGGGAGGAGGCGGCGGCGGGGGAGGAGCAGGGGGAGGGCUGUCAAAUUCGGGAGCCAGAUUCCCCCCCUUCCCCCGGCGGUCCCUUCCGCUUCCCCGGCGCCCGGCGUGACAUCUGCGGGCCGGGGACCUGCAUGCGCGCGCGCCGAGCGGCGGAAGAAUGGCAGUGCUCAAACUCGCCGACCAGCCACCACUGGUCCAAGCAAUCUUCAGCGGUGAUCCAGAGGAGAUACGGAUGCUCAUCCACAAAACUGAAGAUGUGAAUGCUCUGGAUUCUGAGAAGCGAACCCCGCUUCAUGUGGCUGCGUUUCUGGGAGAUGCAGAGAUCAUCGAACUCCUGAUUCUGUCGGGAGCUCGUGUAAAUGCCAAGGACAACAUGUGGCUGACCCCACUGCACCGGGCUGUUGCUUCCAGAAGUGAAGAAGCAGUGCAAGUAUUGAUUAAGCACUCGGCUGACGUCAACGCGAGGGACAAGAAUUGGCAGACGCCACUCCACGUGGCAGCUGCCAACAAGGCUGUCAAGUGUGCAGAAGUGAUCAUUCCCCUGCUGAGCAGCGUCAAUGUCUCCGACCGAGGUGGGCGCACCGCCUUGCACCACGCUGCUCUGAAUGGCCACGUGGAGAUGGUCAAUCUACUCUUGGCCAAAGGAGCAAACAUCAACGCAUUUGAUAAGAAGGACCGGCGUGCUCUGCACUGGGCGGCAUAUAUGGGCCACCUGGAUGUUGUGGCGCUGCUCAUUAACCACGGUGCCGAAGUGACGUGUAAGGAUAAGAAGGGUUAUACCCCCCUGCAUGCUGCAGCCUCCAAUGGACAGAUCAAUGUUGUCAAACACCUCCUGAAUCUGGGUGUGGAGAUCGAUGAAAUCAAUAUCUAUGGCAACACUGCUCUUCACCUGGCCUGCUACAAUGGGCAGGAUGCUGUAGUUAACGAGCUGACGGACUACGGUGCUAACGUGAACCAGCCCAACAACAGCGGGUUCACCCCUCUGCAUUUUGCCGCUGCCUCCACACAUGGUGCUUUGUGUCUUGAACUGUUAGUAAACAACGGGGCAGAUGUUAACAUCCAGAGCAAAGAUGGCAAAAGUCCACUGCAUAUGACAGCUGUCCAUGGAAGAUUCACACGGUCACAAACUCUCAUUCAGAAUGGAGGUGAAAUUGACUGUGUGGAUAAGGAUGGCAACACUCCUCUCCAUGUGGCUGCAAGAUACGGUCAUGAGCUUUUGAUUAACACCCUAAUAACCAGCGGAGCUGACACAGCCAAGUGUGGAAUCCAUAGCAUGUUCCCCUUACAUUUAGCCGCCCUAAAUGCUCACUCUGAUUGCUGCAGAAAGCUGUUAUCGUCGGGACAAAAGUAUAGCAUAGUAUCGUUGUUUAGUAAUGAGCACGUGCUGUCUGCAGGCUUUGAAAUAGAUACCCCAGAUAAAUUUGGAAGAACGUGCCUUCAUGCUGCUGCUGCAGGAGGUAAUGUGGAAUGUAUAAAACUCUUGCAGAGCAGCGGAGCAGAUUUCCAUAAAAAGGACAAGUGUGGGAGGACGCCUUUGCACUAUGCAGCUGCAAAUUGUCAUUUCCACUGUAUUGAGACAUUAGUGACCACAGGGGCCAACGUUAAUGAAACAGAUGACUGGGGACGGACAGCUUUGCACUAUGCUGCCGCAUCAGACAUGGAUAGAAAUAAGACUAUCUUAGGAAAUGCCCAUGAAAAUUCAGAAGAACUUGAAAGAGCCAGAGAGCUGAAGGAAAAGGAAGCCGCAUUAUGUCUAGAGUUCCUGCUUCAAAAUGAUGCAAAUCCAUCCAUUCGGGACAAGGAAGGUUAUAACAGCAUACAUUAUGCUGCUGCCUAUGGCCACAGACAAUGUCUGGAAUUGCUUUUAGAAAGAACCAACAAUGGUUUUGAAGAUUCUGACUCCGGUGCUACCAAGAGUCCGCUCCACUUAGCUGCCUACAAUGGGCACCAUCAAGCCGUGGAAGUCCUUCUGCAGUCGCUGGUGGACCUGGACAUCAGGGAUGAGAAAGGCCGCACGGCUCUGGACCUGGCUGCCUUUAAGGGACACACAGAAUGUGUGGAAGCACUUAUCAACCAGGGCGCAUCCAUCUUUGUGAAAGACAAUGUAACCAAAAGAACCCCACUUCAUGCCUCAGUAAUUAAUGGUCACACACUGUGUUUACGGCUAUUACUAGAAAUUGCAGACAACCCAGAAGCAAUUGACGUGAAAGAUGCCAAAGGACAAACCCCACUGAUGCUUGCUGUAGCAUAUGGACACAUUGAUGCUGUUUCAUUGUUACUUGAAAAGGAAGCUAAUGUAGAUGCCGUUGACAUCAUGGGCUGUACAGCUUUACACAGAGGGAUUAUGACAGGCCAUGAGGAAUGUGUGCAAAUGCUGCUGGAACAAGAAGUAUCAAUUCUCUGUAAAGAUUCCAGAGGGAGGACACCCUUGCACUAUGCAGCUGCACGGGGCCACGCCACGUGGCUGAGCGAGCUGCUCCAAAUGGCACUUUCCGAGGAGGACUGCUCUUUCAAAGACAACCAAGGCUACACGCCACUGCACUGGGCUUGUUACAAUGGUAAUGAAAACUGUAUAGAGGUACUUUUGGAGCAGAAAUGUUUUCGCCAGUUUAUCGGUAAUCCCUUUACUCCACUGCACUGUGCAAUAAUAAAUGAUCAUGAGAAUUGUGCAUCAUUGCUACUUGGGGCCAUAGAUUCCAGUAUUGUCAAUUGCAGAGAUGACAAAGGCAGGACACCACUUCAUGCAGCAGCAUUUGCUGAUCACGUGGAAUGCCUGCAGCUUCUUCUGAGACACAAUGCUGAAGUGAAUGCAGCGGACAAUUCAGGGAAAACAGCACUGAUGAUGGCUGCUGAGAACGGGCAGGCAGGCGCUGUGGAUAUUUUGGUGAACAGUGCCCAGGCUGAUCUGACUGUAAAGGAUAAAGACUUGAACACACCCUUACAUUUGGCUAGUAGCAAAGGUCAUGAAAAAUGUGCCUUGUUAAUACUUGACAAGAUACAAGAUGAGAGCCUUAUUAAUGCAAAAAAUAAUGCACUGCAGACACCCCUCCACGUUGCUGCACGUAAUGGCUUGAAGGUGGUAGUUGAGGAGUUGUUGGCCAAAGGAGCCUGUGUACUCGCUGUAGAUGAAAAUGCUUCUAGGUCAAAUGGACCCCGUUCUGCACCUGGAAUAGCUGUACAAAAAGAAGAAUGAGACUCUAAACGUUAUGCACAUACACACGCACACAUAUAUAUAUACAUAUAUAUAUGUCUGUAGUUCAUCAACCAGCUAUACAUGAGGACCAAAAUGCUUCAGUCUAAAAUGGAAGAAUUUAAAAUGUUUUCCUUCAAAAUGGAAGUGAGAACUGAAGUAGCUUUUCUAUGGAGUUAAAAUGUAAUCUUUUUGUGUAACGGUCUUGUUAUAUUUCUUACGACACAGAUUUCUAGUUGAUGGCGUAACAUUUGUAACUGAUGACGUGUUGACCAAGGCUUAUUUUUUUGCCAAACUAGAGAAAAUGUUCAUAUACUUUUGAUGUAAAUGUGUUUAUAUUUAUUUGAAAUGAAACAAAUGCCGAGGAAACAUCCAUUGUUUGUUCUCUGUUUUAAUUGCUGUGUGUCUUACUGGGAAUAACAAAAAAGCAGAAAAACACACAGGACCCUGGCUGGACUAGCCGGUGGUCCUGGGGCCAAGCCCGGCACUUCUACCGCUGAGGGUUCCAGCUGACCCUCAGGUCCUUCCACGUCGGGUGGAGAGGGGUCAACUCCACCGCUCGGCCCCAGUCUGUGGCCUUGCCAGCUUAGGAGACGUCGCAGCCCUUAGGCUCUUCUGCGAGGUGACAACAGAGGUGUGUGGUGGAUCGUACACACAAAGGAGGCCCAAAGAAAUGUAUGGAAAUUAUUCUGAACGCACUGAAGAUCUCAUGUGGUCCCAAUAACCUACUGGGAAAUGAUGUCAGUGUGUGAGCACAUGUACCAGGCAAAGAAGUACAAAUCACCAGCCCGAGUGCUACUUUACACUUGAGGAAGAAACAGGAGAGAAACAUGUUGUCAGGACUCUGACAUUUAAUCAUCAGUUCCAUGUUUGCCCUGGAAAUUCUCUUUUAUAGCGUAUGGGAGAUAUUUUUAAAACCGUGUGCUAUCAUAUCUGGAUCAAAUACACAUGCUGUAUUAUAUUUUUCAUCUAACUGUAAAAGACUUUACUCUUACUCUUUGAAUAUCCCAGUUUAAUUAAAAACUCACCUUGGGUUCUUCACAAAUGAGAACUUGUUCAAAGGACUUAAUCGAAUGGUCAUAAUUUCACUGGAAGUUUUUGACACCACCAACAUUGUUUUUUGGAUUCUUGGUGUUGUGUUCCCCUCCUUCCUCUGUCUUUUUUGUUUGUUUAGAGAAGAUGAAUUUUUUUUUAAGUAGAUAAAUUGCUAAUGAGCAAUAACAACCUUCUCUUUACCAAAACACUGAAAGUAAGGGAGAUCCAACGCUAAAAAAAAAAAAAAAAAAAAAAAAAAAAAAAAGCACGCUAUACUGUGGUGUCUUUUUCUAGAAGUGAAUGGAAAUCUUGCUCCAUUGGCUUUCAAAGCAGGAAAUGAGAGGCCCACUCUUACUGGUGAAGCAGCCUUCACAUUUUUCCCAUAGAGUAGCACAAGAACAAGGAGGAUUGCAGCAAAGCAGUGCCGGCCAUGGGACGUUUCUCUCCAUGUAGCUGCAUUUUGACUUUACCCCACUGUCUCACAGCUAGAAAGGAGGAGGACAAAGGAACAGAAUGAAGUCACACUCGCUGUGAUGGUUCACUGCAUCAAACCCUUCUCUCUGUCUGUCUGUCCAUUCCCCAAGACCACAUUUUGUUCUUUAGGAAAUGACGUCAAAAACUAGGAGUUCUGUGUGUUUUAAGUACAUCUCUUAGAAAUAAAACUAGAUUUGCAGUGUAGCUCUCUAAGAAAAACAAAAAUACAUGUUGUGCUUUUAACUGAGUCUUCGUGGUCUAGCGCUUUUCCAGUGUUAUUUUUAGUCUGUAUUUUAAGCAGAGCCACAGUGAUCAAGUUGCCCUGCACUUACCUGUUCGCCGUGUCCGCCUGUCCUUGGGAAAUACGUUGCUAUCUCCAAAUUGCCUAAAACCUGCUAUGAUUCUACAGUAAAAAGCUCAGGGGAUUUCUCUUUAUCACUACUAAAAGGGCACCAUAGUAUGUUUUGGUACUUUAGGCAGUAAACAGCUGCUUCAUUUUUUAUUUUAUUAUUAAAUUAGAAAAAGAACAUCAAAUGGAUUUGCUGCACUAGUUAUUCUCUGUACUGUCAAGCAACUUGGUUUGCUUAUCUGUUGCGUUGGUUGAAGAGCUCAUCCCUUUUUUUUUUUUUUGUCUUGUAAUAUGAAGUUAGAGUGCCUUUUUAUAUCUGUAUAUUCUGAAAAUGUUCUGUGAAAUGUUUUGUAUUUUUUUCAUUUGAGUGUUAUCAGAGCAAUAUAAUACCAGUGAGUUUUCAUUUCAGCCUUUCUUUGAAUGUAUAAAGUGUCUUUUUUUCCAUUUCCCCUAUACCUGCUUUGAAAUGAAAAUGAAAAUGCCGAAGUUUUCUAUAGGAAUUAUGUUUAAUUUUGCAGUGCUAAAAUGCUUUCUUCUUACAAACCAUAGGUCAAUGUUGUAGGGGAAAAGCGUUUUAAGAUAGUGACAAUCUGAGUGUGUGUAAAAAUGUAAUUCUAUGCGUUUCUUAUGCAGUGAUCUAAAAAUUCAAUGCAAAUAUCUUUUGUUUGGUAGUUUUGUCUACAUAUUUUAUGCUUUAGCAUGUGCAAUAUAUCUUUGCAAAGCACGAUGAUACAAACCUGGUGCCAGUGUUCUAUUUUGCAUAACAUAUUUGUAACAGCAUAAAAUACUGUUUGAUGCUUUCAGUGGGAUUUUGUCUGUAAUGUUUUCUUAUGUAAAUUGGAGUUGAAUGACUCUGGUAAAUGUCAUGACUGUAAAAAUGAGGAAAAUGACUUUUAGUUCAGUGAAUGACUUUGAACCAAUCUGAAUCUUUUCAAGCACAGUUUAAUACUUUUUCAACUACUGAAUGCUAAUAAUGUAAUGAAGUACUUAACUGUAAUAUACUAUGGAAAUGCAUUCAGAUGGUUAUUUUUACAAAUAAAAACGGUACAGAUAUUGUUGCA